UAUCUUCAUUCAAUGUGAAACUGUAGCGAAAUGAUUAUCCGAAUUUGUUUCCUAUUCUUACUAUAUUUAGUAGCAAGUGUUGAUAAGAUUGAGUGUAGGAAAAAAAGUUCUACCCUCAUAGGUCGUCAUACAUCUCACCCAAAUCCAGUACAUCUUUCUUAUGGAAGUUCCAGAACUACCACGCGCCGGUCAUAUAUUAGAACAACAACACCUCGGAUCCAUCAUCGAACUACAACUCGGAGACACUAUAUAACUACAACUCGUAGACACCAUAUAACUACAACUCCAAGCUAUAUAACUACAACUCCAGGUAGAAAAAAAAUCACUACUCGCAGACGUGCACUUCCAACCAAAUCUACAAGAACCACUCACUAUCAAACAACUACUCCACGACAACAAAGAACCACUAAGAAAGUUCAGAACAGAACAGAUACUUACUUUACCAGACCACCGCCAUUCAAUCCAUUUUUUACUCCAUCACAACCAAAAAUCACUCACACAAAUCCUCCGCCAUAUAACCCAUUUUUCUCUACUACUCGAAUAGUUCCAGUAUCUAGACAACCUGCUCAUAACCCCUUCUUCACAUCAACUGCACGCCCACUUAACUCAGUCCUCAAUAAAACCACACCAAUACCCAGACAACCACCCUACAAUCCCUAUUUCACAUCUUCUAUACCGACCGUCUUUUCUAGUUCGAAUAAAACUUCUAUAAGGAAUCCAAAUAUUUCUCCAUCGAAUUUUUCUGCUCUUGCAAUUCCCGUAGAAUUUAAUAAAACUUCAGUGACAAAACGACCAACCCACAAUCCAACUCCGCCAUAUAACCCAUUUUUCUCUACUACUCGGAUUAUCCCUGUAUCUAGACAACCUCCUUAUAACCCCUUUGUCACAUCAACUGUACGCCCACUCAAUUCAGUCCUCAAUAAAACGACACCAAUACCUAGACAACCACCUUAUAAUCCCUAUUUUACGUCUACUAGGCCGACAGAUUUUUUCACUUCAAAUAAAAGUUCUAUAACAAAACUAAACAAUUCUCACACGAAUUUUUCUUCAUUUGCAAUUCCCGGAGAAUUUAAUAAGACGUCAGUGACCAAGCGACCAGCCCACAAUUCUACCUUUAUAUCUUCUGGAGGGAAAAAUGGAACUUUCAUAACAAAUCCAAAUCCAUUUGGAAAAGUUAACACAACUUCACUGAACAAUGCACACAAUUCUGCCUUAGUUUUUCCUAAACCAUCUAUUGGAGGAUUGAACAAAACCUCAUCAGAACAGUUAGGAUCACAAACCACUUGGGGUUCUCAGUAUCCAGAAAAUGGACUUGUUCAAGCAACCAAUAGAUCAUAUGGAUUUGUUUACCAUCCACCAGGUCAAAAACGAAACGUCACUUCAAACUUUCGACAACUUCUCCAUAAUGUUCCACUAUCCAAUGGCUACAUAACGAAUCCACCUUAUCCAAGUUAUAAUAGUUUUGGAAACCAAUAUCCAGGAGGAAGCUACGUCCCUGGUGGUCAAUCUCAGUCAAAUAUUGGACUCACUAUCAUAAACAAUAACGUUCACAACAACAAUCAUCAUGUGGUCUAUCCAACUCAACACUAUACUGGGUACGGAUCACCAGCAAGUGGUGUAACCAUAGUCAACAAUAAUUUCGAUCACUAUCACAAGUCUCCUAUACCACAGUACCAUUACACUAGUAGAAAUACGGGAAGUACCCUGUUAGGUGCUUUCUUGGGUUACCAGUUGGGAAAAAUUUCACGACCAACUUAUUAUUAUUACGGUACAUCUAUCAUGAAUGAUAAAUAUGUUCCUGUUUAUAACCACUAUGAAGUACAUCAUUAUUACCAUAAUGGAGAUAAAGUGCCACAACAGGCAGAAAUAACAGCCAAUACUAUAGUGCCAUGUGCUGGAGAUAGCGGACUUCUUUGUCCACAAAAUACUUCUUCACUCUGUACUAACAACGGAGCAGUAAUGUGUGUGUCAAGCAAUACAGUUCCUUGUGACAAAGACAAAAAUUUGAACUGUGUUAGGAGUUCGGUACCUUGUUCGGGAAUUUCGGCAAGGGAAUGUAUCCAAAGAUCAGCCACAUCUGUUUAUAUUCCAUGUAUAUCAACAGCAAAACUAUCUGGGAUCACUCAUUAUAACCAAACGUUUGUGGUAACUCAAAAUAACUCGGAUAGUACUGAAUCUUCAGUUUGCGUUACCAUUUUGGCACUACCAGCUGAAAAUAAACUUGCGAAACCGAAAAAAAUCAGAGUUGAAAUCAGUAUUCCAUUUCACUACACAACAAAUGAUUCUGGAAUAGAUCCACUGGGUUACUACCUCGGACAACAACUGGAGAAAUUGGAAUCUCCUAGCUAUUUGUAUCUCAAUUAUGAUAAGUACUAUCGUUAUAAAGAAAAAUAUGAUCACUAUAACAUUCAUCAUUUUUAUCACAACGCAACUAUAGUGCCCCGAGUAAUGGAAAUCAGGCCACAUGUAGUGAUAGACUGCGCAGGAGAUAGCGGCACAAUUUGCCCUCAAAAUACAAGAUCAUUAUGUAUGACAGAUGGGGCAGUAGCUUGCGUUACAGACACCGAUUCAAAAACUUUCAGUAACGAUACUAAAAUGAAUUAUAGUUAUAUGAAUUCUUCGAUACCAUGUGCAAACAGCACUGAUCCCAUGUGUUCUAAUAUCAACACGACACUCCCUAUCGUGAUACCUUGUAUAUCCACAGCAAAAAUAUUUGCAAACAUGAGUAAUCUGAUCAGCACUUUCACAACAAAGAAAGGGGUAACAAAAUACUACAAUACUUUGGUACUUCAGGUUUCGAAUACAACUCCUAAUGCAACACAUCAAAUGAUACCAAAACCUCGUCAGUUCUGUGUAGCCGUGUUGCUGACUCCUAGUGAGAAAAUCAAGGUGAAAGUUCCACUGAAGAGAAAAGUGACAGGUAUAAACAGAUCUUAUAUGGCUGUGCCAACUCACCAAUACAAGUUAGAGGCAACUGGGAACAAAACUUUAGGAUAUUACCUGUCCAAUCGUUUGGGGAGACUCAAAUAUCCCACUUACUACUACAUGGUCCAGAAAGAAGCCAUCCAGAAAUUCGAUCAUUAUUCUGUUCAUCAUUAUCAUCAGGGCAAGGAGAUAAUUCCCAUCGAAAUGGAUUUGUAUGCAGAAUCUAUUUCGGCUUGUUUGGGAGAUAGUGGAACCUUUUGUCCAGCGAACACCACCAGCUUGUGUCUGAACGACUCAAGUGUUAUGUGUGUGACAGAUGUACUAUUAACAGAACCAUGUGAAAAAACAAAAGGAACCAAUUGUGUCAAGUCGACUUUACCAUGUUUAGAUAAUAAGGCACCUAAGUGCCGAAAGGGUGUCAAGAGGGUUCACGUGACGAUGCCAUGCAUGUCUGUUGCUACAGUUUUUGGUGAUAUUAUGUACGUGAACAAUACUAUUUACACAUCAUCCAGUAGUGAUACACAGUCCUACAUGGAUAUACAACGGAUAUCAAAGAGAACUGUCAAUUCUACUACUCCUUAUGAUAGAGCUCAACAGUUUUGUAUUACCAUCAUUGUUCUUCCAGCAGAGAGAAAAAUUUCAGAAGGAGAAAAGCUUUUGGAGUCUUCGAAAAACGUCUUCCUCAAUUUUGCAAUGAAAAUGUUUGGAAUAUCAUAACAUGAAUAUCGAUUUUUUUUCACUGAAAGACUUUUCUCCAGUGCAUAUAACUUUGUGAUGGAGAAUAAAAUGAAAAAAUUCUUCAGCUUGUUAAGUUUGGAUGGAACUUUUCGAAAGCUUCAAAUAUCAAGUAAUGAAACAAAAAAAUAUAUUUGGAAUAUGUACCAGGAACAUGAAAAUAAAAAUGGAGAUGUAUA